AUGUCGUUUAGCUCUGUUAUUAGUGUAAAUAGAUAGUGUCGUAUAUAGACAUAUUUCUAGACCAAUGAAAAUUCAUUCCUAAGCGUUAAAUGAUAAGUCGGGCGUGAUCACAGUGAAACGUUGAGUACAUAGUGAAAAUGUCAAGAAACGAUGGCAAAAAAGAUUCGUCGGCGUCUGCAUUUCGAAAAAUUGACGUUGAUCAAUACAGUGACAAUAAUUUUAAAGAAGAAGAUGCCGACGGAGGAAUAGGAGGGCCCACCGGUCCAGACGAAAAUGAAGUUUUGAUACUUCUUAGCCAGGGUAAGAAUGCCGAAGCUUUGAUAUCAGUACUAAAAUCUGCACCCCUUGAAUGUAAAAAUCAACAAGUAAAGGAUAGCGCUCGUAAUUUAACUCAAAAGGUUCUUCUAAGUAUAAAAUCUAAUCAAAUGGAUGAUUGCAUAGCACAAUUAGAUCAAGAUUUACUGGAUGUCCUAAUGAAAUAUAUUUAUCGGGGGUUCGAAAUCCCAACGGAAGGCAGUAGUAGUCAUUUAUUAAUCUGGCAUGAAAAAGUAUAUAAUAUCGGCGGCGUUGGCAGUAUCGUACGAGCAUUUUCAGAUAGCAAACGUGCUUGAAGAUUUGUACAUUUUCCAUUAAUGUUCAUUACAAUAAUUACCAUUAAUCCUUACUGUUACUCAUUGUAAUUGUUAAUACAAUGAAACUGUAGGUGUAGAUAGCCAAGCCAUUCAAUUUUCCCAGUGGGAAAAACAACACACUUGUGUACAUUUGUUAUCAAUAAAGUAAUUUUUAUUUCUUAUA